AUGGAAAAAAUCACUCAUCUGGAAGCUCUGCUGUUUACUGCUGUGCUGGAGAAUUGUGUUGAUCAGCUCUCAAUUCUUGGAUGUAUCACGCCGAUUUCAUCUGAAGACACGACAGACAUCAGCCAUACUGGCAGCCAGCAAAUGAAAGAUAUCAUAGGGACCCAGAAGGAGCUGGACAUUAACUAUCAAGAGCUUAUGUCCAUUAGGCAGGGGAGUGGGGAAAUGGUUACCUCCACGUCUCAGGAAAGCAUCGAACACAAGCAGCAGCGGGGGAAAAAUGAAGAUGUGAAAAGUACCCAUUAUCUUCCCAACAGGGCCAUGAAACACAGUGCUCUGUCUGUAGAGAAUCUCAGAAAAAUUCAGGCUGACAGGCAGUAUGCAAGUGAUGUAAUUACAGUCACUAUGAAAGAGAUGCAGGAAACCGGGACAUUUAAUAGUCUAACAGAAGCUAACGAGAGAGAGAAGGCAAAGAAUAGCAAGUUUCACAAGUUCCUCAUCAGGGAGGAGGAAGGAAAGGAGGAGAUAAAGUCACUUGAGAAACAGCUGCAAGAUGUCAAGAAAGAAACCAAAAUAGAACUUCAGGUUCAGGCAGGAAUUAGUACCCGCUCCCACAAAAAGGUGUUGGGAUCGUUGGCUCACCUGAAGCGCAUCUAUACCAACGUGUGCAGCACGGGCAACAAACAAGAGGAGCUUGUAGCCAUGAUGCAACAGGAAGACUUUGACAUAGUGCCUAUCACAGAGAUGUGGUGGGAUGCCUCAUAUGACUGGAGUGCCACAACUGAUGGCUACAAACUCUUCAGGAGGGACAG